AGUUGUCAAUCAUAAGAAGUAUGCUAAGGUUAAGUUAUGGAUUGAAUGUUAAUUUAAAUUUUACCAUUUAGUAUUUAUAUAAAGAUGUUUUUAUCGAAGUUGUAUCGAUUUGUUGAUCCAUUUAGAUCAAUUAGCCUACCAAAAAAUAUGUAUGCAUUAAGUGUUAUUCAACAGUUUUGUACAGAAUCCGUGGAAACUGAUAAAACCAAGAAACCUAUUAGUAAGGCUAUGAAAGCUUAUUUAGAGAGAGCUCGUGAAUACGAUGCCUUUAUGAAAAAAGAAAAUGAAGAAUUUACUCUUGGUAAAAGAUAUUUAGCAAACAUGAUGGGUGAAGAUCCAGAAAAUUUCUCACAAGAGGAUGUAGACAAUGCUAUCGAAUAUUUAUUUCCAUCUGGUUUAUUUGAAAAGACAGCUCGACCACAUAUGAAACCACCGAAUGAAAUUUUUCCCGAAAGAAAAGCUGCAGAGUUUGAUGAAACGGGAAGACCUUACCAUUUUCUAUUCUACACUGGAAAACCAAAUUAUUAUCAAGCUUUACAUAAUGUAGCCCAUCACAUAAACGAAUUAAUUAAGUUUGAAGAUACAAUGAUUAGAAAAAAAUUGGAGCCUGAUCCUAAUUUAACUUUCGAUAUUUCCGGAUAUCAGUGGCUUGAUAAAGCAUCCCUAGAAAUAAAAUUGGUAGAAACACUUGGUGAAAAAGAUUAUGAAUAUUUCAUUAAUUCAUUUGAAAGAUUGACUGCCAUGCCUUACUCAUAUAAAGUUAAAGAUUUUAUUCUUGAGUAUGCAAAACCCAUAAUUAAUAAAGUACAAAAAUUUGAGGCCCCGAAAAUUCGUAUUGAUUCUGAUGGAAAACAAUAUGUUACUGUUUAUGAAUGUUUAAGAAAAAGAGCAAGAGGUGAUGUUACUGUUAGAAUGCCAGGAACUGGUAAAAUAACUAUUAAUGGUAACCAAGGAAUAUUAUAUUUCAAAGAAAACCAAGAAAGAGAACAGAUAUUGUUUCCGUUGCUUUUCACUAAUUUGUUAAAUAAAGUUGACGUGGAUUGUAAUGUUGAAGGAGGUGGGCAAUCUGCUCAAGCAGGAGCUUUAAGGUGGGGAAUAUCAUGGGGUUUAAAGAGUUUUGUGGAUGAGGAAAUGGCUGAAUCUAUGAGGCUUGCUGGACUUUUAACAAGAGAUUAUAGAACUAGGGAGAGGAAGAAACCUGGGCAAUGGGGUGCCAGACGAAAGUUCACCUGGAAAAAACGAUAAAUAUUAGUUGUUUGAUUUUUGUAUUUAAAUAAUGAUUAAAGAGAUUUAUAGAAAA